GCAGAUAUCUGGUCGUUAGGCAUAACAGCCAUAGAACUUGCAAAAGGAGAGCCACCUCAUUCAGAUUUACAUCCAAUGAAGGUUUUAUUCCUCAUUCCUAAGAACAAUCCACCAACUCUGGAAGGAAACUUCAGUAAAUCCCUCAAAGAAUUUGUGGAGGCCUGUUUAAACAAGGACCCAAGCUUUAGACCAAGUGCAAAGGAGCUCCUAAAACACAAAUUUAUUAUACGAAACUCAAAGAAAACUUCCUACCUGACUGACCUUAUUGAUAGGCACAAGAGGUGGAAGUCUGAACAAAGUCAUGACGACUCCAGUUCUGAUGACUCAGAUAAUGAACCAGACGGCCAGGCCUCAGGUGGGAGUGAUUCAGGAGAGUGGAUCUUUACAGUAAGAGAAAAAGACCCCAAGAAUCUAGAGAAUGGAGCAGCCCAGCCUUUGGAGUUGCAAAGAAAUAAGGAAAAGGAUGUCCCAAAGAGGCCUUUGUCCCAGUGCCUGUCUACAGUUAUAUCCCCUUUAUUUGCAGAGUUGAAAGAGAAGAGCGAAGUGUGUAGCGGCAACACAGAUUCCAUAGAAGAAUUGAGAAAGGCUAUUUAUUUAGCUGAAGAGGCUUGUCCGGGCAUUGCAGAUAACAUGGUGUCACACCUUGUGCAGAGGCUUCAGAGAUACUCACUAGGUGGAGGAAGUACUUCAUCCUACUGACGGGCUGUUCCCGCCUUCCCUAAGACAACAGAAAUCCCGCGGUGUCCGCAGUGAAGGCGCGCAUCCUGAUGCCGUUGUUCUGCCCUUCAGUCACGGGAACAUCCUUCGGUGGAAGGACAUUCCUAUAUGUGCGAGAGUGAAAAUGAAGCCUCUCAGAGGGAGGCAGUCUUUUUCAACUCCUUAAAGCUAUAAAUUUAUUUUUUUUUUAAUGAUAAUGCACAUAUUCCAGGGAGGUGUCUUUUUGUAAAAUCUGAAAUGUAUAUUUAGGUUUGUGACAGAGAAAACUGAAGAUGUUGAGAAACCUCAGGUAUCUUGCUUUAAGAAUUCCACUGGGAGAUGGAGUACGUCUGUUGGAAUUGUGUACAGAUAUGUAUAUAACGUCAUUUUUUUAUCUGAAAGCCUUUCAACGUGCAUAAGGAAACACUGUGUACAAAAUGGUAAAGUGCUUUUGUAGAUAAUGUUAGUGGAGUAAAUAUUCGACAGGCCAUAACUGAGUAUCACCUUGCCUUUAUUACAUGUAAAUUUUGAAUUAUGUGAUAAGUGAAUCU